AUGAUGCUGACGGGCCCUGGGAGGUGUCGCCGGCGCCCGGGCGGGGCUGUCCGGUGCCUGGUGUCCGCCUGCCUGCUGUCUUUGCUGCUGUACCUGCCGGAGGCUCGGGCUUCUUACCAGCCGCAGAGCGGAGAGUGCAAAGGCAAAGGGAAGGAGUGCUCAGAUCUGUCAGAGAAGAAGAGCGACCUGAGGGUCUGCGACGACUCCACCUGCCGAUACGGAGGCGUCUGCAGAGACGACGGCGCUCAACUCAAAUGCGUCUGCCAGUUCCAGUGCCACAAAAACUACAUCCCCGUGUGCGGCUCUAAUGGAGACACCUACCAGAACGAGUGCUACAGGCGCCAGGCGUCUUGCAAACAGCAGAGACUCAUCUCCAGAGUCCACGACGGGCCCUGCUCAGCCGAUACUGGUUCUGGUUCAGGAGACGGAGACGAUGAGGAAGGCUCAGCCUCCGACAUUGGCAAGAAGUUCACCAAGUGCAGCACAUGUAAAUAUGGAGCAGAAUGUGAUGAAGACUCGGAGGAUGUCUGGUGCAUAUGCAACAUUGACUGCAGCGGCCACAAUGAAAACCCGGUGUGUGCUACAGACGGAAACUCCUACAACAAUCCCUGCCUGGUCAGAGAGGCUUCGUGCAUGAAGCAGGAGCAGAUAGACGUCAAACACCUGGGACGUUGCCUCGCGGAUAAAGAAAAACCGGGAAAGAAGGAUGACAGCAGCCUGUUCAACGUCAACGUCUUUGAAACCACAGGUCUGGAUCAGGGAGAGGGCUUCUAUGCCGGGAUGCCCAUCCCCUGUGCCGACAGCUAUGCCAGCUUCUGCGUCCAUGGGAAAUGUGAGAUCAAGUACAACACGGCCACCUGCAGGUGUGACACAGGAUACAAAGGUCCUCAGUGUGACGAGCCGCAGGACUUCAACAUCCUUUAUGUGGUUCCCAGUGGACAGAAACUCCACUACGUCCUGAUCGCAGCCAUCAUUGGAGCCGUGCAGAUCGCCAUCAUUGUUGCUGUGGUAAUGUGCAUCACUAGGAAAUGUCCGAAAAACAACCGAGGUCGUCGGCAAAAACAGAACCUGGGGCACUUUUCCUCGGACACUAACUCCAGGAUGGUAUAGCCUUCUUUCUUAAAAGGCGGGAAUGCCACUUUUUUUUAACAGUAAGUGGGAUAUUUUGUUUCUCCUGGGAAAAAAACAACAAAAGAAGAAUAGGAAUAUUUAUUUAAGAGGCCUUAUUUUUCCUCUUUUUUGGGCUUGGAUUCUCAUUUUUCUUUUUCCAGCAGCUGAAUCAAUACCACCCGCUCUCCUUUACAUCCGCCUGCCUUUGUUGAAUACUUUUCAGUAAACUGGCUAACAGAGCAACGUCUGCCCCUCUGGAAUGUGAUAUUUAUUGAAUUAUUUUCAUGAAAAUGUCUGUUCCCUGUCUGUUCUGCCCCUUACUGAUAAUGUGCAGCUGAUCACCAAAUGUAGUUGGUUUUUGAAGUUGAUUUUUAAUUUUUUUGUGAAAGUGGGGCCAACCAGUCCAAUAGGUUUGUCUACUCUUAUUCUUUGGUAUGAAAAUCUCUUUUAAGGCUUCAGUUAAACUAAGCCAAUAAUUUAUAAGCAAUGUUAUCUUUUUUAAGUAGUUUGUAAAUCAAAGUUUUUAUGUUAGCUUUGAUUCUGACUUGUCGAUCUUGUAAAUUAGCAUGACUUGUGAAAACUGUGUACUGUGGUGUAGUUUAAACUUUUUAACGGGAAAUGUUAUCGGACUCUCCAUCUGGUUCAUCUUCGUGCCGUAGGUGCUGGAAAGUCCGAGUAGCUGACGGAGGACCCUUAUUGGUCGGUGUUAAACUAAUGAAUGUGGCAUUUUUGGAAACACACAAGGACCUACAAAGGACAUGUGGACAUUUAUUUAAUGGCUAAUAUGCUGGAAUGUUUUUUGCAUCCUUGUUCGUAUAACCGGGAGGUAGAAGAUUGUAAAUGAAGGACUUUUUGUCGUAUCUCAGACGGAGGUCAGCACUCAGUGACUCCUCAGUAACUGGAAGAGGUUUAGGCUCUUCGGUGAAUGUUGUGAAGAGGUUUUUUACUUUAAUGUUACAUUUUCUUCUCUGUGACACAUUCCAAGCACAUGGGAAUCUAUUAAAAAACUCAUACUUCACAUAUUCCACUGGGGAAUAUAUGAAACUCGCUCAAGCGAUCAAACAUUUCCUGCUGCUAUAAACAGGAAUAAAACAUGUCUUUAAGAUGUUAGUGGUGUGCAGGUAACUUACUGCCUUUUUACUUUUUUUUUUUGGUCGUAGUAACGUUUUGAAGUCUUGAGGCCAGUUCCUGGUUUCUGUGUCAGUAUGUCCGUAAAGAUCCACAUGGGUCGAUCCGAUGUAAAUCAUUGUCCUUUUUCAUUGUUCCCAAUAAACAAAAGUCAACCAAGUCAGAUCAUCGUCAUACUUUCUACUGCAGGGAUCAUUCCUGUUGGUGUGAAUACAGAAAUCAAGUCUGCAGCGUUACUUUAUGUGUAAAUGGUGAUGGUUUAUGAAUACUGCUUUUACACAAGUGUGAUUUUCAACAUAUAAAAAUGAAAACAAAAACAAUGCAAUUUGCAAAAUGUGGAAACCAAGCCCAAAACUUCAAGAGGUGUUACAAAGAUGUCAUCAGCAUUAUAGUACAGUAACCGUGUCAAAUAAUACAGGGGCGAUUUUCUAAUUUAGUCAAUUUAAGUUAGAAAUUUCUAAUCUGUUAUUUUUUUUAAUAACUUAAUUUUUAACAUAAAAGAGUUUAAAUGAAUUCAUGUCAUUUUCUUAAUGAACCAAACCUAUAAUCAACGUUUGACAUGUCAGGAAACAGAACUCCAUCAGUUUCGAGAACCCAAACCAAGCUUUACUCGUCAGCACCUCUGUGAUCCGUCUAUGCACUGUUGCUCGGUCCCAGUUUGUUCCCGGUUAAAAGGGAUGUUUCCAAAUAUUUUAAAUGUUAAACAUGUUUAAAGGAUGCAGUAGAAAACUGUCUUGUCGUCUUCAUUUUCAAAUCAAUCCAGAUUUCUUGGUUGGCCUGAGAGAAGCCAAGACCAGAGCAGACUUAUACCAUCAGAGCGACUCCUGUUAAAAAAAUAUCAAAGGGAUUUAUGCAAACACUCUUUUAUUAACCUUAUAAAUCGUUUGCAUUGGACCAUUAUUUACAAAGUAACAAGUGAUUAUUGCACUAAAAAUGGAGGAAGGAAUUGGUGCAUCACCAAUAAUCUUCCUGUAUGAAACUUCCUGAGGAAGGAACAUCAAACAUUUCCCCUCAGAGUGACUGACAGAAAGUAAAGCAGUUUAAAUAUAUAAUAAAAUUAUGCUCUCUUAAGCCCCUUUAAUGUUUUUCCUUUUAGCACCAAUUUUCUUUUUGUAUCCAAGUUACUCUGACCAGAGCGGCCUUCAUGUAAAACUCUUCUGGUCAGAGAAACCGAAAGUGGUGAAUCUUUUAGUAGUUUAAACUGAGCGCUGUUUUAUUUUUAUAUUCAACACUUGUUGAUUAUAGCAACAGGAGCAAUAGGAGCAACACCUGGUACUGCUGUUUCUCUCUUAAAUAGCUGCUUUCUGUGGUAGAAGUCAGCUUUGGUCCUGGGACCAACUUCAGCAUCCGGGACCAACUGAUUUGGAUUUAUGCUGAAUGAUGACACCAAGGGAAGUAACUACUGCAGGUAAGACAUCAUCCAGAAAUCAGUGACAAAAACUUUUACCCUGCAGGUUAAUUUUAAACAAUUACUGUGUUCCAAAAAAGUCUGCUGAUUUUCUUCUGAUUCGUAUGUAUGUGAGCCAUUUACUAUGAUGUACACAAAACACUUAAGUAUUUCAUGCAACGUAAACUAACAUGAAAAUAAUUUAUAGCAGCUGAACGUUGUACGUAUUUUAGCAUUGUCUCAUUUGUUCCUGCUAACAUGAAAUAUAAGCUAUCAGUCAUUUCUGCAUCAGGACUUUUUGUUUGAGUUUCUAUGCAUUGUGUGUACUGCCUUGUAAUCUGUAACCCUUUAACAGGAGCUAAACCUUGAAUCAAACGGUUAAAAACAGCCAACAGGAAAUGUUAGCUUCACUGCCUGGAACCUGGUAAAGAAACGUGCUCAACAACUUUUCUCCUUUUAUCCAUUUUAUUCAGCUUAACAAACACUCGAGUAUAUUUACCAUGCAAGUUCAAACAAAUCCGAUUAGGACGUUCAGAAAGUGUGUACAAUCAGGUAGCAUUUCUAACUCUGUGAACAUUAUUAGUUUUUUUGUGUGUUGCUACCUUCUGUGCACCUCUGAAGGUUGUGUAUAUAGAGGAACGAACCUGAUAUUGAAACAGGAUUUUCUGAACUUGAAUUUGGGCUGAGGUCCAGAUAUAUUAUGUAAGGAGGUUCUGUUUUCCUCAGAGUGUUCUUUUGUUUAAGUCGGGCUCUCUGUACUGUCCUCUCCUUUGCUGAACACUAAGUCUCUCGUUGUCAUCCGCCAUUUCUGAUGCAACUUCUCUCUUUGUGAAUAGUGUGUGUUUGACAUGUUAAUAUUCUGCAUGUAGACGCUGAGAGGCUGUUUUGGUCCCUGACAAAAUAAAAACUGUUUCUAUUCA